GUUAAAUUGUAUCAGUUCGCGGUAGCUAUUGAUGUUUGUUAACAAUAUAUUAACGCAAAGUAUAUAUAUAUAUAUAUAUAUAUAUUUUUAUAUAUAAUUUGUAUUGUAAGCUGUAAGUAAUAGAUAUUGCACUUGUGACGUCCAGAUGUUAUACUUAGCUCAGCCACCCCUGCAGACAGAGAGCUUAUUCGAUGUGGGCGCAUUAUGCAAUUAUAGCAGCUGGCUAUUAUCCUUCUGAAGCACAUACAGAUGGUUUCCUGACGUUUGUGGACUGGCUUCCUGAAUAGAGAUCUCUUCUACACCUCCUUUCACUUAGCCAAACAAAAGCAGAGGGAGGUGCCAUGCGGGUGAGUUUCUGCCAGGGCCUUCUGACUGGAGCCAUUGCUUUGAACCUGCUCAUCCUCUACUAUGUGUCCCGAGCCCAGCAGCAGAUGAUGGAGAAACGCCGGGACCCAGGGAGGGGCUCCAGGAAGGCUGCCUUACCAGCAUCGGGGCUGGGCGGAGGCAUGGGGGGUUUGGUCGGGGCCGUGGGUGGGAUGGCUGGUGUUGGAGGCACUGGGGGAGAGGGGAACGGCCGUGGCCCUCGAGUGACAGUCCUUCUGAGGGAAUUUGAGGGCUUUGAGAACUACGUUGGGGAGGUGGCACGCUCCUUCCUGCACCAGAGGCCUGAGCUUCCCUUCCUGGCAGUGUCUGACACCCUGCCCUACCCCCCUCUGGCCCUCCCCGAGGGGGCCCGUCUCCUGGUGCUUUCCCCCAGCCCAGAGCAGCCCCCGCAGGCCCACCGUCCGGAGUUUCAUGUCCAGACGGAGUUCGUGCUGCUGGUGCCUGACGGGGUGGAGCUGGGGCAGGGCCGGGCCGUGGAGAGACUGAUCCGGGAGCUGGAGGGGGAGGGCGGGGGCCCCGUUCGGCUGGUAGCAGCCCCCGUGGUGGCCCGCUCCGCCGUCCAGUGCCUGCACCUGCGGGUCAGCCUGAGGGAGUGGACGGCCACCUACAGCCCAGCGGCGUCCGGGAGCAGCGGGAGCGUGUGCACAGCCCUCCAGGGGGACGCGGUUGUCCUCAUUCGCUCCGAGGACCUCUUCAACCUGUCCGUCCCUCUGGGGAGGCCCCUGCUGCCCUCGCUCUUCAUCCAGACCGCGCUGCGUGGCUGGAAGGUCAAGCUCCUGGAGAGCCCGUGCUUCCCGGCCAGCCACCGGCCCCUCUUCAGCUCCGCCCACAACCAGUGGAAGGCAGACAGCCGUCUGAAGGAGGCCACCAGCCGGCUGAUGGGGGACUUCGGGCUGAAGCGCCUCCUGCUGCCUGAUGGGAAGGAGCAGUGGCACGGCUGCGGGAAGGAGACGAGCCGGUGCUUUGGGACGGUCCGCGAUGACACCCCUGAGUACUUGUACCUGGAGCGCUGGACCCCUCCCUGCUGCCUGCGCGCCCUUCGUGAGACUACUAAGUACGUGAUCAACAUCUUGGAAAGCUCCGGGGUACGCUACUGGCUGGAGGGGGGCUCCCUGCUCGGGGCGGCCCGCCACCAGGACAUCAUCCCCUGGGACUACGACGUCGACCUGGGAAUCUACCUGGAAGACGUGCCGAACUGUGACCACCUGAAGAACCUGGACUCUGGUUCUCUUGUGGACGCUAACGGCUACGUGUGGGAAAGGGCUGUGGAGGGAGACUUUUUCAGGGUGCAGUACAGCGAGGCUAACCACCUCCAUGUGGACCUCUGGCCCUUCUACCCCCGAAAUGGUGUCAUGACUAAAGACACGUGGAUGGAGCACAAACAGGACGUGGAGUUUCCUGAGCACUUCCUGCAGCCGCUGGUGCCCAUGCCGUUCGCGGGCAUCACCGCCUACGGUCCAAACAACCACCGCGCCUUCUUGGAGCUCAAGUUUGGGGAGGGGGUCAUAGAGAACCCCCAGUACCCUAACCCUGCAAAGAAGAGGCUGGACAGGAGCCGGCUGUGAGAGAAGCAUGUGGCUGGAACCUUUAGUGUUUUUACGUUGGAACUGAAAUGGACAAGCCAUUUAAAACAUAUUUGCUGCAGUGAACAGGUCUCUGGCAGCCACCCUGUGAGAAAACUAUUCAAAAGAGUGCCAGGGUGAUGCACCGAUAAACUACAAACCCUAGCAUCCAUCCAGACUGGAUGUCAACUGAAGACUCUUGGCGAAAGUCCACUAUUUGAUUAUUUGGAUCCUGAUUAGGAGACACCAGGGCAACUGCUAGUGUUACAGGAAACAAAGGUGUUACAGGAAACAAAGGUGUUACAGGAAACAAAAUGUUUUGUGCUUCCCAGGCAGUACAGAAAAAUGUGAAUGUAAAUAAAAGGAUAUCCCAUUACAUCAAAUGUGACAUUACGCACAUGUAAUGAAACAGAAUAUGAAUACCGGAAACUAAAGAUGUAUACCUUUGCAAAAUAUAACUGUAUUAAUUUAUCAUGAUCCCAGUAACCUGUAAAUUAAGUAUUAACACAUUAUUUAUACAUAAACAAUGGUGGGUAUUGUUUAAAUGGUAAUUACACUGUGAUAAUAUUUUUUUGCACUACUUUGCACUAUUAGCUGCAAGAUGGUUAUCAAUUGUUUGGAAUUAUUUAUAUUACUACCAAAUAUUUGUAAUUAUUACCACACAGUUCCCCAGUAAAUAUCAGGUAAUCAUUAAAGUGCUACCAGAUAUCCAAUGGCACAUCCCGUACAAUAUCAGCUGCUGUUAAGAAAUAUCCACAUGCUGAUAUUUUGCAUAUGUACAGUAUCUCACAAAAGUAGUACACCCCUCACAUAUUUGCAAAUAUUUGAUUAUAUCUUUUC